AUGAAGAAAACGUUUGAGGAUAUUAAAAAUAUUCUUACUGGACCACUUCUACUAGCGCAUUACGAUCCCAGACAAACUCUGAUCGUUGCAGUAGACGCUAGUUCGAUCGGAAUUGGUGGCGUUUUGUUACAGCGCGCCCCAGACGGCCAGGUAAAAGCAGUCUUUCACAUGUCAAAAGCAUUGACAAAGACUCAACAGAAUUACAGUCAAAUCGAAAAAAAAGCUUUAGCAUUAGUCACUGCUGUUGAACGUUUUCGAAAAUUCGUAUAUGGUCGUCACUUCGUGCUACAAACGGACCAUCGUCCACUUCUAGUCCUGUUUAAAACGUCGAAUACAAAAGGUCUAGAUACAUGCACAGCAAAUCGUUUGAAACGAUGGGCUCUUCGACUAAUUGGGUACGACUUUGACAUAGAAUAUGUCAACUCCGAAAAAUUUGGUCAAGCGGACGCUCUUUCAAGGUUAAUACAGGAUGUAAAACAAGAUGUAAUAGACGCCGACCUCGAAGAAGUUGUAGCUGCGCUACAGGAAACAGAUACAGAGCUACAACAGAUUGUCAACAAAUCAGUACAGUUCUUACCUUCAACGGCUCGACAAGAGCUCCAAAGUGCAACAUUCAGCGAUGGAAUUCUCGCUGAGGUUAUAGAUCGUCUACAAAACGGAUGGCUCAAAUCGGACGUAACUGACAAGGAGUUAAUGUCAUAUUAUCGUCGUCGCGAUUACUUAGCCAUAGUUGAUAAUACAUUAGUUUUAGAUGAGAAACUAAUAAUUCCUAAACGUCUACAAUCUACUGUACUGAAGCAACUACACGUUGCACAUCCAGGCCCGAUACAUGGACAAUGGGUACUCGUCAUUGUCGACAGCUACUCCAAAUUCGUAGAAGCAGGAUGGUUCUCAACAAUAACGGCAGCAACAUGUCGAUAUCUGCGAAGACUCUUUAGUCAAUAUGGAUCACCUGAAGUACUAGUUUCAGAUAACGGUACUCAAUUCACUUCAGUAGAAUUCGCGCAACUCUGCGUCGAAUUUCGAAUUCUUCACCUGCGUACCCCUCCUGGGCAUCCACAAUUAAAUGGUCAAGCCGAGAGAAUGAUCAGAACAUUGAAAAGUUCUAUCGACACAAGUCAAAGUUCACAGUUAGAAACGGAAUUAAACAAGUUUGUUUACGCAUACAACUACACAUCCAGUGACGCGGCACUAGAUUAUAAAUCUCCGGCAGAAUUCUUUGGACGUAAGCUUAGAACUCCAUUAGAUAUUUUUACUGCAACCGAAAAAUCUAAUCUAAAUCUUACUUCUCAGCAGAAACAAAUGAAACAGCAAUUCGACGCUCAUCACGGCGCAAGGCCACGUUCAUUUAUAGAAUCAGCACGGAUUCAAUCAGAUCCAGUACUUCACACUUCGCUAGGAGAAAGAGAGGAGGCAGAACCUCUCAACAACGGGACCAUACGACUUCCAGUAGCAUCUGCUCGUCGUUCUGAAAAUCCUUCCAGGGCCACACAACCUCCAGUAGCAGCGGCUCGUCGUUCUGAACAUCUUUCGCAUCAAAUUCGACCAAAUUACAAGGCAGUGGGAGGAACUCGCCCCUACCGAGGACAGCAUUCUUAA